CUGAGGCACUGGGCGUGGCCUGUAAUGGAGUACCCGCCCUUCGUCUCUCUCAGGUCCUCAACCAGCCUUUAUAAACCCGGAGCACACGGCACCGGUCAUAUCAGUCUAAAUAUCCCACAGCACUAUGUCUGGUCGAGGAAAAGGAGGAAAGGGACUCGGGAAGGGCGGCGCUAAGCGCCACCGAAAGGUUCUUCGUGACAACAUCCAGGGCAUUACCAAGCCCGCUAUCCGCCGUCUGGCUCGCCGAGGCGGUGUGAAGCGUAUCUCUGGCCUGAUCUACGAGGAGACCCGCGGUGUCCUCAAGGUGUUCCUGGAGAACGUGAUCCGUGACGCCGUCACCUACACCGAGCACGCCAAGAGAAAGACUGUCACAGCCAUGGAUGUGGUCUACGCCCUGAAGAGGCAGGGUCGCACCCUGUACGGUUUCGGCGGUUAAACAUAAUCAUCUCUCCCAAACAAAGGCUCUUUUAAGAGCCGCCCAAAUAUCAUGAAAAGCCAUCCUGCAAUAUCGUUACUUCAGCUCUAGUUAAUGAGCUGAUUGCGUUGAAUAAGAACAAGAAUUUUCUGCGUCUUCAUUAUAUCAAAUAAACCGUCCCACGUCGGUAUUAAAUGCUAUGUACCUCGUCCCCAGGUUCAUAUUGAAUCUGUAUAACAAUGUGAACAAAUAACAAACUCACUAAAUGUUCUCGCACGGAUAAUUCAACAGUAUUUCUAGUCUCUGCGAAUCAUCCGGUCGACCCGAUAUAUACAAUGGUAUAACUCAAGAUUACAUUUAUAAGGAAAGAAUAUAAUUAAUUGGAUAAUCAACCACGUCAUCCAUUGGUACAAAUAUUGAGUCUACAGUUGCCAUAUAAACCAAGAUUGGAUUGGGUUUAUAGACUGAACCGGCCAGCUGGACCAGUAAACUUCUAACUAGUCUGAGUUGAUAAAUUAACCUUUUUAAACGUUUAGUUGAACUGUUCAAUAUUCUGGUUGAGGAGUUAUUGCCAAUCUCCUUACUGUCAAGCUGUAAUACCGACCAGUGCCGCAUUUUAC